AUGAAAGUCACAGUCAGAGUCUCUACCGAGGUGUCCUACUCUAUCACUAUCCCAGAUAACUCCACCGUCGAAGACUUGAAGAACUCCGCCAAAGUGGGUUGUCCUAUUUCCACCAAGUUACCUGCGGACUUCAAGCUCAUCUACAACGGUGAAAAGUUGUCACCUCACUACAAGCCGUUGCUGGCGUUCAACAUUGCGGCCUCCGAUGCCAUCACAGUGAUCUUGAUGAGCAACGGCUCUGAUACGCCUAUCAACUUGACUCCCAAAUCAUCCAACACCAAUAUCGCUGCCCAUAGCGAAGUCAAGAAGACCAAAAAGAAGACGAAAUGCUCGUUCAAAUCGUGCACCUCGGCUCCAUUACGUAUGGUUGGAGCCUGCAGCCACUGUCUGGGCAAGUUCUGUGCCAAGCACCGUCUUCUCGAAGACCAUCGCUGUCAAGGCUUGCAGUUCUGUAAGGAUAACGCUCAUGAAAGAAAUGCCAUCAAGUUACAAAGCGAAAGCACCAUUACGAGCCGCGUGUAG